GCUAGUAUAAAACUGACUUGUGGUUGAAGACUCUCACAGUGUCUCUUACUAGAAGCAAGAAAUAUGAAGUCCAUCCUAGUUCUUUUCUCCAUCAUCGCCCUGACAUGGGCCGGGAAAGACAGAGAUAUCUGCCACUGCGCCGCCUUCGUGUCCCUGCCUGAGGGUGAGUUCAUCGUGGACCUGCUCCCAGACACGCAAAUCGAGGACUGUGAUGACGCCGGUUACUGCCAAAUUCGUUGUACUGAAGAGUGGGUCAGCGCUAGUCAGGACGGCGAUCUUGAUAUGAUUGUCGGCAACUCUACCCUAGGGCAGGACAUGUGCGAUGACUUGGCGUUGGAGGGCUUCCAUAAUCUCGAGCCUGAGGAGGUGAACUUAUACUACGGACUGUGUGAUGGCCCCUGGAUGGACAACGGCCUGGCUAGCAUUGAUAAGCUAUGCUGCAAUGACGGAGUGUACCCCGGCCACUGUUAGCCAGCACCUACCACGUCUCUACCACCCCCUACCACGUCCCUUCCACCGAUUACCAUGUCCCUACCACCCCCUGCCUUGUCCCUACCACGUCCCUACCACCCCUUACCAUGUCCCUACCACCGAUUACCAUGUCCCUACCACCCCCUGCCUUGUCCCUACCACGUCCCUACCACUCCUUACCAUGUCCCUACCAAUUCUCGUCCUUAUAACCCCUACCAUACCCCUUCCACACCCCCUACCAUGUCCCUACCACCCCCUACCAUGUCCCUACCACACCCUACCACCCCUUGCCAUGUCCCCACCACCCCCUACCAUGUCCCUACCGUACCAUACCACUCCCUACCACCCGAUAUCUCUCGACUUUGUUUUUCAGUCUAAUUUUAAGUGAAACAAAAGACUCUUGGACUUUUAUUGUUUGGAAAAUGAUGUACUCUUUAGAUGUGUGUCAUUACCUGGCAUUAAUAAAAGAGUAGAUAAGAUGA